AUGGCCACCAACGGAUCCUCCGAGCCCACCCCCGUCGUGAGCACCCUGCCCGGCCCCGACCACAACUGGCAGGUCACUCUGGCCGGAAAGGUCAUCGCGAUCACCGGCGCAAACCAAGGCAUCGGCCUCGGCCUCGCCGAAGUCAUCCUCGCCAACUCCGCCUUACACGUCUACAGCCUCGACAUCUCCAGUCCCGCCGAACCCUUCGCGGAACUCGCAACCAAAAACCCGCAGCGGUUCUCCUUCAUCCAAACAGACGUAACCUCCGAAGAAUCCGUCACAGCGGCCCUGGAGAAGAUCGUCUCGCAACAAGGCCGGCUCGACGGCCUGAUCGCCAACGCCGGCGCCACAAAGCACCAGCCCGCGCUGGACUUCAGCAUGGACCAGGUCAAGCGCCUGUUUGAGCUGAACGUCUUCGGCGCCUGGAACUGCGCCACCGCCGCCGCGAAAACGUUCAUCAGGCUCGGCAUUAAGGGCUCCAUUGUCUUCACGGCCUCCAUGACAUCGUACCGUCCUAACCGCGCCGCGCCUAGUGCGCCGUACGGCGGGACAAAAGCUGCUGUGCGGAAUAUGACGCAUACGCUGGCGAUGGAGUGGGCGAAGCACGGGAUCCGCGUGAAUAGUAUUUCGCCGGGGUUUGUGAAGACGGCGCUCACGUACUAUGUUGAGACCAGUCCGGACUGGGACACCAAGAUGAAGUACUAUGGGGGUAUGCCGCGGCUGGCGAUUCCGCAGGAGCUUGGGGGUGCGUAUGUUUAUUUGCUGUCUGAUACGGCGACGUAUACGACGGGCAUUGAUAUUCCGAUUGCGGGCAUCGUGGGGGCGUGGUAG